UUUUAAUUAAUAUUUAAUGAACUCAGUAUCCACAAAUACUUCCUUUACAGAUAUUCGAGUCGUGAAAAUCUAUUUUAAAAUUCAUUACAAUACAUAAUAUGGAUAAGCUAUUUACUUAUGUGGUGACGAUGAAAGAUUAGGAAAUUGGAAUUCUACUAAAGGAAUUAGACUAUAAUGGAAUGAGGUAUAGUAUUGAAGUUCAAAAAAGAAUAAUGAAUGGACAACAUGUUUAAAAUUGCCAAGAAUCUGUAAAAAUUUUGAGUACAAAUUCGUUGUGAAUAAUUAUAAUGAUCCAUGUCGCGAGAAAGAAUUUUGGGAACCAGGGGAAAAUCGUAUAAUUACAAAGCAUUUAUUACUUAAUGGAAAGAAAGGAGAGUACUUUAAUUGUAAUAGUUGGUUAAAAUUAUUGUAGAGGAGCAUUGGGGAUAUAGAACAAUAAAAUUGAAACUCAAUCACAAUUUAUAGCCAGGUGAAAGAAUGAUGAUAAUUGGUUCAAUUCCUGAGAUUGGUUCUUGGAAAACACCUGUUUUAAUGAAAUAACAAUAGAAGAUUGAUAUACGUAUAACUCAAUCAAUAAUACUGAAAUAGUAACAUAAGAGCCUAUUCAAUAAUGGUCCAUUUCAUUCAUAGUAAAUCCUCUUAAUUUUUAUUUCCGAUAUUAUUAUGUGAUACGUAACGAUGAAUCAGGCAAUAUGAUUUGGGAAAGAGGCAAUGGCCGUUAUCUUAAAACUGCUGAUCUUAUUUCAAUUCGAUAAGUAUUAGAUUAAUAUGCACUUCAUCCUAUUAAAGUCAAAACUCAAAUCUACUCAGCUUUUUAAACAAAGUCACAACAAAAGAAUGGUUCAUUUUCAGCUACUAAAAUUCCAAAAUCUAAACUCAAACUUAAUAGUUAAGGCUAUUAAUUUGCAGAUAAAGAGCCUUCUUUUUUUUAUUAUGAAGAAUUUGGUAGAUUAAAUAAAUUAGAUUGGAAUUUCGUUGUUUAAUUCUAAACUUAUCAAAUUAAUGAGAAUAUUGUUAUUGGUCCAUAUCCUUAAAAUGAAUAGGAUAUACUAUUAUUAAAACAAAAAUAAGUUAGAGCAGUUCUCAACCUUCAAACACGUUUAGAUAUGUUUCAUAGAGGAGUUAAUUGGGAAUAAAUACUUGAUGCUUACAAGAGAUAAAAAAUAGUUAUGAAAAAUUAUUAGAUUUUUGAUAUGGAUGCAGAAGAUUUUGAAAAAAAAUCUGAUAAGGCUGUUUAAAUUCUCAAGAAAUUAAUUAAUGAAUAUGAAUAUGUUUAUGUUCAUUGUACAGCUGGAAUUGGAAGAGCUCCUUCUAUUGUUGUUCUUUACUUAAGUUCAAUUCUUUAAUAUGAUCUAAAACAAUCUAUAGAAUUUGUUAAAUAAAAAAGAUAAUAAUUUUAUGUUAAUUAUUGUAAAUUAUAAGAUAUAUUUUUAGCUAUGCUUAAAAGAUCUUUACAAAAAACACUUGUCUUUAACCAUGGGUUGGGUUACUAAAAUUUGGCUUAAACUUUAUGAAGGAU